AAGAAACUCUCGUCGUUUCGUGGGAUAAGCUAUAGCGGUUCGGGUACGUAGGUCCUUAGCUACGCUGUAUCCGCGGCCAGAGUUCCUGGCCUUGCUGCCUGGACGGAGAAUCCAUCUCAGAAGAGAUUCAGCCUUGUCAAACGUUAUAAAACGACCAGAUUCGAGUCGCAGGCCAGCACACAAUCUGUUGUCCGUCGCCGAAAGCUUCCAUAUGGUCUUGACAGCAUAAGGUCUCUUAAUCAGUUCUCCCCUGUCUGCUUCCAACACCCCCCUACCUAGAAUGAGAUGGUGGUCGCGUUUUCUCGGACUUCGUGAUCGGGAUCGCUCCAGUGAUCCAAGCUCAGUUGCCGUAGAGUCACGGCUCAAAAACUCCUCUUUGUUACGGAUUGGAAGAAAAGUAGCAAUGAAUUCUAGACCUAAGAGGCCGAAAGGUGGGGAGCAUCACUGGGACGAGCAGAGCUCUCAUGGUACUUUCACCUUGCAUGGGCGGUGUAGGAAUUGUGUCGGCUCGAUGAUCUAACUCGUUCUCUUCUCUAGACGCUCGUCCUAAGACGCAUCUUCUGUGUCUACCGGGUGAAAUCCGCAACGAGAUCUACAGGCAGCUCGUCUGCAAGCCCUUCGUGGCGAGGGAUCUUAGAUUUCUCCUUACGUGCCGGCAGAUCUAUCACGAGGCUGGCUUGCUAGCGUUUUCCUCCGCACACUUCUCGGUCCCGAUGAACAGGCGGGCCGAGAACAUACGCGUGGUUGCACUGUCAGACACCCUCAAGUCUGCUGUUAACUACAUCACGCUGUCACGCCCCGGUGUUGGAGGCCUGUUUGAAACGCUAGAGUGGCUACGAAAGUCAAAUAUUUAUCCAAUUUACGUCGAGUACCCGGUUGGCCCACAGCUUAUAGCAGAGAGUCUGAUGAGCUUUCUCCUGCGAAUACUAGAGACCGGUGCUUACGGGCCUCAGGGAGAUGACUGUUUUGCUCUCCAGGUCUUUGGAGAGUUCAUCAGUAACCCGCGUCUCAACGAGUUGACCUGGACAGGAUUGCUACAGCACAACAACGGCGCAAAAGAUGGCCCACGGUUUGCGGUUCGAGUCUUGCGGGAGAGCCAACAGCCGAAUGGAUCAACCUUCUCGAAAGCGCAAAGCAUGCGUUGGACUGAAUUGUGGAGAGAUAUCACGGAAGUGGUGCUUGUGGAGGAUCUGAGAGCGGAGGAAAAACUUGUCAUGGUGAAACACGGAUCUGCUGGCUUUCUUAAGUUGCGUUUGCGUUCGGAGCCAAUGGACCGCAGUUGAAACUACAAGAGCA